CCAACAUAGGACAAUUGUAGCAAUAACUUUAAUGUAGACACAAUAACAGUGAAAAACAACUCCAAACAUAGAAUCCAUCAAAGCCAAUAAACAAUAGAAUAAAAUUGUCGCUACAAUGGUGGCAAUCGCCGGAGCUGUGGUGGUAAGGCAACCGAGAAACGAACAGAUGACAGCAAAACUAUGGGUUGCUAGAGUCUUUAAUUUUCUGGCCAAUCUUUCAGAUGAAACAAAAAGGUGAGAAGAACAUAUACAAAAUAAAAUCGGAAAAUCCGGCCAAGAUCCGACCAUUCUUCGACGAGGUUCCUCCAGAUCCGAUUGUCUGGUAACAGCAAGGGGCAAUUUUGGCCGGCCAGUCGGAAACUCCGAGCGGCGUAGAGUUUUUCGGCGGCCAGUAGUGAUGAGAAAGUUUGGGCGAUUGUUGGGUGUGAAAUGAGAGAAGAAGGGAGGAAAACGGAAUAUCCGUGAUUUGGAGGGGUUAUACAGGUAGAUUUUAAUGGAGGAAAAAGCUUAAUUGGAGAAGAUGACCAAAAGUGGUCUUGGAAGAUGAGAGAUGGGUUGGGUGAGGGGUAUCGUUUGACUUUUUCUUUUUUGUUUUUUAAGAAAAUAUAUUAAUUAAGGUGGAAAUUAAGUUUUUUUUUUAGCAUGACAUGUGUCACGACUUUAUUGGUGCUUGACAUCACACAAAUUUUGACGAACUGGCUAAGAAAAAAAAUAGUGUUUCAGCUACAUUUCAAAAAAAUUAAGUGUGUAGGAUAAUUUUUGUCGGCAAAAAAUGUAUAAUAGUGAUUUGGUUCGGGUUAACAUAUGUAUUUUGGCACAAAGGAAAAAAGAAUGUUAUCCAGAAGCAUAAAUAAAAGCUUGAUGACGUCACCGCGUUUUGUACUUGAGUCCUUUUAUUCGAGAUAUCACUAGCUUUUUCCAGAUUCUUACUAUAUCUUUGUGAAUAUAUAUCUCCCUUUUCCUUGACCCGACAACCCCACCAUUGUGACUCUUUCUUGGGUAUUCUGUUCUGCCAUAUCUUAGUUAUUCCUAGUGAUCUAAGCUUCUUUAUUACCAACCUGCAAGUUAAUAGACACCUUAUAUAUACUAGAGAAAAAAAACAAGUUUUGCUGUAAAUCUUGUAUAUAUGCAACAACUUGAAUGUACCCUGUUGGAGCUGGAAUUAAGAUGGUCCUGACACACGACGUGCCCUCCUAUGGUCCUUGUUAAGUCAUUUGAUUGUACUCACUGGUCGGUAUUAUUAUUUAUUGUCACUACUCACUACCUCCCCGUGUUAGGAUUGGGUAAUUUGCGCUCCUGCUUCCUUCUUCAUAGAGAAAGGAAGGUAUAUAAAGAAGUUGAAGAUGUGUUUGGUGUUUGUAUGUGAUGAAGAUGAGAGGGUAUUACAAAGACAGGCAGCUCCAGGAGCAUGUCCUUACUGUGGAGGGUUGGUUCAAGCCUUAGACAUGGAGAGCCAGUGGAGAUUCUGCUUUGUCCCUCUUUAUUUCAAGACUAAGCGCAGAUAUUAUUGUACCCUUUGCACCAGGCGUCUCAUCAUCCAAUAAUUUUCCCUAUCAUAUGAUUAUAGGUUAUAGCCUUCUUUUUUUUAAUUAUCUUGUGUUCUUGAACUUCCAAGAAAAUAAAGAUGUAGAAUCCUUUGGCUUUUCAGGUAUAAAGGGUGUGUACAGUAUAUGUUAUCUAUGUUCUAUAAGUUUGUUUAAUGAAAUGAUGAAUCAACUGGAUGUUGGUAGCUCAA